CGAUCACAGAAAACACAUCAAGUGACCAGGUGUAAAAAGGCCCUAAGGUAGCCUACUUAGUUGGUUGUGAAUGGGAAAUUGCAUUGCAACCAACAAAGUUCCUAACUUAGUUAGCAACGAUGAUUUUUGGAAAACGCACCCCUGUAUGACCAUUGCUAAUGUUAUUUAGUUACUCUUCUAAUGGGACUGCAAACAACCCUGUGAUAGCCAUUGGUGUUAUUGAACGUCGACAUUUUGUAAUUUACCCCACGUUAUACACUGUGGCAAAUGUACUAUUGGUUAUUUAUUUGUUAGCCUUUUUGUGACAAAUGCUUGUCUCUUCAGCUAUUAUGGCCCCUGCACCUCAACCCCAAGUAAGAGACCGUGGAAGAAGCCCCACCUGACUGCACCGUCACUUUCCAGUAUUGGAUGUGCAUCAUCUGAAACACUUUCAAAUCGAGAGGACCUGCCGCCUAUUGAGGAAAGACUGGAAGAUGAGCGCACCCUGGAUGCAUCUGAGGUUCUUGAGGAAAGUCUACAGAACAUGAGCAUGCAGGAUGCUGAAUCCCAGCUCAUGAAUGAGCAGGAGAUAAAUGACCUAAAGAACAGUCUAAUUGAUUGGAGUGACAGUGAAAGUGUUCGUAAUGAUGAGAAUAUUGAAGCAGAUGACAGUGAAUAUGAGGAUUACGUCCCUCGUAUUUGUAUUCGGUUGGGUGGAGCAUUGCAGGCACCACCAUGCCUUGACAAUCUGCCUGUGAUAGAUGCCAGUGAGACAGUACAUGACAUCCCGUAUGUACAUUCUCCAUCAGUCACCUUACCACCACUUGAACAACCUGAACAACCUGACUUUCCUGAUACACUGGAUGUCAUGACUGAAGAUGACCUAAUCGGGAAACCAGCAUCCAUCACUUAUGAGGUCUGUUUAAAGCAGCUUGCCACAUUCCUUGUGCUUCCGGUCCAAAAGUGCCCAUACACAUGUGACGUCACCCAAGUGGAGUGUGAGUGUCGCCCUCCAUUUGAAGUUUCCAUUACACGCAGGGGCACUGCAAGCAUCAUGGAAUGGACCUGCCCGAUUGGCCACUCUGUGUGGAGAUGGACCUCACAGCCCACUGUGAAGUACGGGAUGCUGGCAGGGGACUUCAUGUUGGCAAACAACAUCCUACUCUCAGGAAGCAACUACGCGAAAGUCUCACUUCUGUUUAAGUUUAUGAACAUGGGGAUGGUGGACCGUAGUUCCUUUUUCACAAUUCAGGACACGUACAGUGUAGACACUGUGAAGGAGUUUUGGGAGGAGAGGAGGACUGAGGCAAUACAUCGCCUAAAAGACAAAGAUGUGGUGAUAGUAGCGGAUGGAAGAAUGGACAGCCCUGGACAUUGCGCCCAGUACUGUACAUACACUGCCAUGGAGAACGAUUCCAGGGAAAUAAUCUCUGUCAUCACUGUGGACAAAAGGGAGACUGGGCGAAAUUCUGUGAUCAUGGAGAGAGAGGCAUUUGUGCGGACAGUCGACAGUCUUUUGAAUGAAGUGAGACUAGUGGAGGUCUGCACUGAUGCCCAUGUCCAGAUCUCCGCCCUAAUGAACAAAGGAAAAUACAAACACCUUGGGCUGCAGCACAGCUUGGAUAUGUGGCAUGGGGCCAAGAAUUUGGCAAAAAGGAUCCAUGCUGCUUCACAGGUCAAGGGGCAGUCCAGUUUGAGCAGUUGGCUGAAAGAUGUUGUCAACCACUUUUGGUGGUGCUGCAAAACAGCUGAUACUUACCAGGAGUUCCUUGAGCUAUGGCUUGGGCUCCUACAUCAUGUGACAAAUGAACACAGUUGGGUGCUGGGAGGCUGCCAGCAUGCAGACUUAGAAUCUGGUGGAACUCAACAGUGGCUUGAGCGAGGCUCCAGGGCACACGAGGCCCUGAAGAGCAUCGUUAGAAACAAGCGGUGGCUAAAUGAGGUCCACAAAUACCUAAACUUUAGGUCCACUGCUGAUCUGGAGUCCUUCCAAAAUCAUAUUUUAAUGUACGCUAGCAAGCGCACAGCAUUUAGCCCUCCUGUCUUUGAGGCCAGGAUGCUCCUUGCAGCGAUGGACUAUAAUUACCACAAGGACCGCCCAGACUUCUGCAAAUCUGAUGGUAGCAAACUAUACAGAAGGCUGUACAAGAAGAAUGCUCGCAGGUAUAUGCUUUACACUGUGAAGGUAUCCAAGACGUACGGCUACAUCCCAGAACUGCAAGCUAGGAUCCUUCAAAAGAGAUUAGUUGGUAAGGGGAUGCCCAGACGGAGGACACUACGACCUGAUGACCCCAGAAGGUAUGGCCCACUUCCCCCUGUGCCGGCACCAGCCAUUGAGGAACUCCUGCACACCCAAGUCAGGAGAGGUCUUGUAUCAGCAUUCCGGACUGAAGACCCGUGAAGCCCAGUUUCCAUAGCCUCACAACCCCUGACCAUGUUCAUUGCCAUGCAAUCUUUUCUGUCAACAGUACAGAGCAGCUGAGUUUAGUUAUGUAUUUACACUGUUUAACCUUUAUCAUUAUACCAUUUUUGUUACUGUUUCUCUACAUUGUAAAAAGCAUAGCAUUGUUAUUCUGAAUAAAUUAUUUUUAUUGAAAUAA